GAAGAACCAAAUCCAAUGUUAAUGGUAGUACGCGAACAUGAUCCCUUGGGGAGAGACGUUGAACUCUUUCGCCGACAUCUAUAUACGACAGGAAAAGUUGGUCCGACCGCUAAAGGAAGUGAAGGUGCAGAAUUAGUUGACGGGCUCGUCGUUAGAGAAGGGGAUUUUAAACUUGUGAAGACGAGGUUUAGUGCAUUCUUUUCUACACAUCUUCAUUCAGUCCUUCAACGAGAAGGAAUCAAUAGUCUCGUGAUCACAGGUGUUCAAACUCCAAACUGUAUUCGGCAAACUGUUUUUGAUGCUGUCGCGUUAGACUAUCAACCUGUGACUGUUCUUUUUGACGCCACAGCAGCAGCCACGCCCGAUAUUCAUCUCGCCAAUGUGUAUGACAUGAAAAACAUUGGAGUUGCAACACCAACAUUACAAGAAUGGAGUGAAUCCAAAGCUUGAUCUGUAUGGACCAUGCAUUAUGCAACUUCAACAUCUAUCAUAUCGGCAUUGAUGAUUAUGCUGUUUUCACAAAACGAAUAUAAGUCUAAAUAGAAUGAGUAUGUUGCUUUAAAGUUUAGUGUAAGUGUUGAAAAUGAUAAUUUUGAGAUGAUCAAUAAUUUAUU